CUGUUCCAUUAUUCUAAAUCCUUAAAAACCAUUUGCAGCCUUUUUCUUUUUUUUCCUGGGUGUUGAAGAAGAAGAAAAAGCUUACAGCUUUUAGGUGCCUGCAGAUUGUUACAACUCAGUUGCAGUCAGUUCUUUACUGGGUAUGGCUCCUUUUUCAGUUUUAAUACUUUUAUCAAUUGCCUGUUAAGAAUUUAGGGAGAAUUAGAAGUGGGAAAUAGCUGUGUUUUUUUAAUUGCUGUUCUGAAUGGAAAGUAGUGGUGUGAGUGGUGGGGUGUUUUCUGGGAUUGGUCCUGGACUGCUAGUCCUUGAAAUGCCAUUAAACUCCCAACAUCAUCCUCAUCAUCAACAACAACAACCUAGAAAUCCCCCAACUGCCCAAAACUUGCCCCAGUUUCAUAAUAAUACCCCUCAAAUGGUUGGUUUUUCUUCCCAUCAUGAAACCGACCACUCACUGCACCAGCAACCUGUUAAACAAGGCUACCCUUUUGGUUCCAAAGCCAAGCAACAAUCCCCUCUGAGUGAUGAUGAUGAACAUGGGUUUAAUCCUGACGAUGGCUCUGCUGCUGAUGCCAAGAGAAAGACUUCUCCAUGGCAAAGGAUGAAAUGGAAUGAUAACAUGGUUAGGUUGCUUAUAGUGGCGGUUUAUUAUAUUGGUGAUGAAGGUGGAUCAGAAGGGAAUGGAUCAGAUCCUACUGGCAAGAAAAAGGUUGGUGGUGGAUUGUUGCAGAAGAAGGGGAAAUGGAAGUCGGUUUCGAGGGCUAUGAUGGAGAAAGGGUUUUAUGUUUCACCACAACAAUGUGAAGAUAAGUUCAAUGAUUUGAAUAAGAGGUAUAAGAGGGUUAAUGAUAUACUUGGUAGGGGGACUGCUUGUAAAGUGGUGGAGAAUCAAAGCUUGCUUGAUGCCAUGGAUUUGUCUCCCAAAUUGAAGGAAGAAGUUAGGAAAUUGUUGAAUUCUAAGCACUUGUUUUUCAGGGAAAUGUGUGCUUAUCAUAAUAGUUGUGGCCAUGGUGCAACAGCUGGGGCUUCAGCUGCUGCUAAUCAGUCACCGGAGGUGGCUACUGAGAUAUCACAGAUUCAGCACCAGCAAUCUCAACAACACCAAUGCCUCCAUUCGUCAGAGAAUUCUCAAAUCGAGGGGAAUUUAGGUAGAAUCGAGACAGAGGCAUCAAAAUUGGCUAAAGUAGACAGUGAAGAAGAGGAUGCCGAUGAAGAUGAGGAUGACGGUGACGAUGAGGACGAGGACGAAGAUGAUGAGGAUGGGGCUGUCGAUGGUCACUCAAGGGGGAAGCAAGACCAUGAGGAUAACCAUGGAAAGCCUUCUCGUAAAAGGCCAAGAAAGGGAUCAUAUUCAAUGUCACCAACGCCAAUGAUGCAACAAUUGAGAUGUGAAGUUAUGAACGUGAUGCAAGACGGGUCGAAGAGUGUUGGGGAAAAGAAGCAUUGGAUGAAAAUGAGGCUACUGCAGUUGGAAGAGAAGCAAGUCAGCUACCAAUACCAAGCAUUCCAGCUGGAGAAGCAAAGACUCAAGUGGUUGAAAUUCAGUGGCAAGAAAGAAAGGGAAAUGGAGAGAGCAAAGCUCGAGAAUGAACGAAGGCGGCUCGAAAACGAGAGGAUGGUGCUGCUCCUUAGGCAGAAAGAGUUUGAAGUGGUUGAUCUUCAUCAGCCUCAGCCCCCACCUCAACCUCAGAUGCACUCUUGUAACAAGAGGAGGGAUCCAUCUAACAUAUCUGGAUGAAGAAAAGUAACAUGAAAGGGGGUCACAUUAGAAUAAUUAGAUAGAGAUUUUGGAGUUUAUAUCAGAUAUAGAAACCAACUACAUCAAAUAUUGUUCUGUCAAAAUUUUGUUAUGAAAACCUAUGUUCUCAAACAUAUGAAUUCUAUGUUUGAUUUUUUUUUUGAAAUU